UUAUAAAAACUAUAUGCCGCGUAUCUGUGCAGAUCGUGUGUUGUAUGUAGAAAUUGUGAAUAAAAAAAGUUGAACAUGUGUGCCUAAAAGCUGGCGCAGCAUCAUGAGCAGCAGCAACAUUCGCGGGGCAGAUGGUGGUCAACCGCCUGCGCCUCCGUUGCCUCAUGAGCUGACCGCCGAGUGGACGGUGCGUGCACAAUUGACAUUCGCGCGUGCAGGUGAGCCAGUGCAGCGGGAGUUCAAUGCCCAGGAGCCACUGCAGCCCAUGCGUGUGGUGUACAAGUGGAGCACGCCGCACGCAGAAGCAGAGCCGGAGCCAGAGCCGGAGCCGGAGAAGGCGACGACAGCCACCAGCUUUCGUAGCACCAACUCCUCGGCCACCACAUAUGCGGAUUCAGCCUUUGGCAGUCCGCAGGCCUCGCGACACAUACAGUCGGAGACGACGCCGGGUGGCGUUACAGCUCAGCUAUGCGGCACACGUUGCCGCAGCACCUGCAACAUAGUUGUCUCCGCUGUGGCAGACUUUCUGCCACAAAACGAACAGCAGCAGUUGGACGCAGCUCUGAAUGAGCCAUUUGUCUAUCACAGCAAGGUGCGUGCACAGCAGCUGCGCGAUGCCUACUCACAGACCAGCGACACGGAGGAGCGUCAGAGGCGUCGGCCUGCCUACGAGCAGCGACGUGCCACUGCCGAGGGGCUGGUCAACUUUGCCAGCAGGCGGCAGGCGGAGGAGGCGAACACAUAUGUGCCAACCUACUCACCCACGCUGACGCCCACGCCCAUAACGCCUUCGUCGACGUUCAAGUCGGCAUCGAUGCCGCGUAUACCGCCGCUGCCAGGUGCUGCGACACAGACGUCGCCGCGCUUGCCCAAUCUGGGCGAGAAGAAACCGCGCACUGUGCACAUUGACGUCUACUGCACCGGCUCGGAGGAGGAUGAGGAGCAUGCGGAUGCCGAGGCCUCCAGUUCCGAUUCGGACAGCAGCAAUGACCAGAAACUCUACGAGCUGGACUCCAAUUCGACGCCACAAACUGUGCUCGACAAUGAGCAAAUGCUGCUGCGACAUCAGCGCAUCUCCGGCGCUGCUCUGCCGCGUCGUCUGGCACAGAGAUCGCCACAGCCGUCGUCCAAGCAGCAACAGCAGCACCAGCAGCAGCAGCAGAAACUUAAUUUGGGUCAUGCGAUUACCAAGUGCAGCACUGUCGAGGAGGUCAGCGAGUCCAAGCAGCUGCUCUUUCGCAAGCACAUCGGGGAUCAGCGCGCUGCCAAGUUGGCCAAUCUGCGCCAGAAAUAUAUGCGCCAGCCGAGCGAUGAGACGCAAAGCAGCGGCGCCUAUCCGAAUUCCUCGCGUUCGACCGUGCCACGCGACGCCACGUGCAGCAGCGUGUCCAGCGUCUUGGCUGGUGAUGGUGUGGACACCUCGUGGAAGGAUACGGAUGAGGUCGAUACGCCAGCAUUUGCACUGCUCUCCAAAUCGGAUAGCUUUGACUAUGAGAACUCGCUGGAUCGUGUGCGCAUUCGUCAAAUGGAGCGUCUAUGGUCGAGGCAACACUCGACGCCGGAGCAGAUGCAGCUGCAGUCGCAACCGCCGCAGCAGCAGCAGCAGCAGCACCUCCAGACUCUGGGCUCCACUUCGCCGCAUCCGCCGCUGACGACUAUAAGGGAAGUGCACUCGCAGCGUAGCUCUUUUCAGCGCAGCGAUACGCUGCCCUCCGAAUCGGAUGGCUUCUCGGAGAGCAAUGUGGGCUAUAAUACUUAUCCAGGCAGGCAGCUGCAGCAGCAGCAGCAACAGCAGCAGCAACUGUCUAAUAUACCACGCAAUCGUCCUGGUUUUCUGCAGUUCUUUGGUCCGCCCGCUAGUCCAGAGCCGCCGGCGCAGUCGGCGCCCGCAACAGCUCCCGUUGCUGCAGCUGGCGCAGCAGGCGUUGAUCCUUUCAAGCGUCUGCAUCCCGGCUAUCGCUGGAAGAGCGAAGCACGCGAUAAUCUCAGCGUACAGGCAGCGCCCGGCUCACCUUCGUCCGAGCGUAGCUCACCCCAACUGUUGUCGACGGCCAGCACUGUGUUGCGCUGCGGCAGCGAGGCACCGCCCAGCACCACCUCUGCCACGACCUUUGGCACUGUGGCCGCAUCACCGCUGCCGGCGCGUCGUUUCGAGAUCUCACGCGACAGCCCGAGUCUGGCCAGCGACGUCUCGACCAGUGUCGCCGGCUAUACGCACGAGCAUUUGGAGAAGGCGCUGCGUUUUGGCAAUGUGGUUGUCAUGCGCAAGCCGGGUCAUCAUAUCGGGCCCACCAAGAACCCCAAUUGCCACUGCGAGAGCUGUCAGCGUUGGCUGGCCGAACGUUUCCAGAUGCGCGGACGCGCCUUCUCCUUGGGCGAGCGACCAAUGCUGCGACGACCGCAGCUCUAGCUGGAGUAGCUGUUAAGGGCAUGUUGAGAAAGGGAAAGGCAAGGCAGAGUUGAAGAGGCG